CCUAAACGCGAGCAUACUUGUUUUAACUUCCUCACGGCUGACACGCAGGCUACUUGUAGAAUCUCUUGUUUCUAUCAUGAUCAUCCGAAGCAGAAACUGAAGGCCGUAUAACCCUUCAGCAUCCAUUUAGCAUCGUCUCGCAUCCCGCCUUGGAGAAUGGGUCAAGGCUACUCUCUCACUUCCAUAGGCGCAGGCGCCGGCGCUUUCGACUCAUCCGAACUCUCAGAUUUGACCUACGAGAGAUCUCUAGGAAAUGCACGGUUUAUGAAAACGAUCCGGGCUCGCAGAGAUGAUGGUGUUGUUGUCGCCAAGCUUGUCAUGAAGCCGGUCCAGAACCAAGACUGGGAUCGUUAUGUAAAAGCCCUGACCCACGAGCGCAAGCAGUUAGCAGACAUCCCCAACGCCCUGGGCUACCAUCGAAUCCAGCAGACUAGCACCUCUGGCAUCCUCACUCGUCAGUUCAUCCACAGUUCGUUGUAUGAUCGCAUCAGCACACGACCAUUCCUGGAUGUAGUCGAGAAGCGAUGGAUCUCCUACCAGCUCCUCUGCGCCGUACGUGAUGCACAUGCCAAAAAUAUCUAUCAUGGCGAUAUCAAGACUGAAAAUGUACUUGUCACGUCGUGGAACUGGCUUUACCUCACGGACUUCUCUGCAAGUUACAAGCCGCAUUAUCUUCCUGAAGACAAUCCGGCCGAUUUUUCGUUCUUUUUUGAUACUUCUGGAAGAAGGACAUGUUAUCUGGCUCCUGAGAGGUUUCUAAGAUCUGGAGAUGAUCCAACGCAGAAGGGUGGCAUAAACUGGUCAAUGGAUAUCUUCAGUGUUGGGUGCGUGAUAGCAGAACUGUUUCUGGAAACACCCAUCUUUUCGCUCAGCCAGUUGUUGAGGUAUCGCGCGAACGAAUACGACCCUCAGGCCGCAUUAGAUGACAUCAAGGAUCCCGAUAUUCGUGAAAUGGUCACACAUAUGAUUCAACUUGACCCGCAAGCUCGAUAUGCCGCCGAUGAGUAUCUCAACUUCUGGAGGGGCAAGGCAUUCCCAGAGUACUUUUCCAGUUUCUUGCAUCAGUACAUGUACCUGAUAACGGAUCCGACCUCCGGCCGUCGACCUCUAACCUCGGGAAAGGAGAAUCUGGGCGAAUCUGACGACAGAAUUGAGAGAGUAUACAACGACUUUGAUAAGAUAGCCUAUUUUCUCGGCUACGAAGACGACAGUGGCGAAAAAAAAACCCAAGAAGCUCUCUCUAUGACGGCUGCAAAUCCAAAUGCAUUUUUCCCACUUCAGGUAGACAUUCCUAAUCAUCGCCACACAAUCUCUUCUGCGGCAAAGAAACCCAGCGAUAAUGGAAGCUUAUUGUUUUUAACACUAGUUGAAGCUUCUUUGAGAAGUACAGCGAGGGCAGCGCCAAGAAUGAAAGCCAUCGAAUUGCUAUUGGCAUUCGCGGAAAGGGUGCCGGACGAGGUCAAGCUCGAUAGAAUUCUGCCUUACCUGAUGGAUAUGCUUGGCGAGGAGCAGACGGAACCUGUUAGAAUAUAUGCAUUGCGGGCAGUGACGCAGCUCCUCGAACUUGUGCAAACAAUCACUGCACAGAACGCAUACGUAUUCACAGAGUAUAUUCUACCCAGAAUACGAAUGCAUGUUAUUGCGCCUCGCAAAAAUCAGAGCUCUGCCCUUCGAGCUACUUAUGCCUCCUGCCUUGCGAGCCUAGCCACUACAGCUUUGCGCUUUCUCGACAUGAUGCAAGCUCUUCGCCUUGGAGGCAAUGCUCUGGCCGGAGACCAGGAAAACAGUAAUAACAGUCAUCUAAGCUUUGCAGCUCUAGCCCACCUGUAUGACAAUAACCGCGCUGAUUUGAUGUCCUACUUCGAAGAACACACCGCCAGCCUACUCGAAGAUACAGAGACUUCAGUGCGACGCGCUUUUCUUGGUUCCAUCGCACCUCUGUGCUACGCGCUUGGAAGCGCAAAAGCCAGCGACGUAGUUCUCACUCACUUGAAUACGUAUCUUAACGACAAAGACUGGCAGCUUAAAUGCGCAUUUUUCGAAACGAUUGUGGGGGUAGCCACCUAUGUCGGCGGUGCACCUCUCGAGGAAUACAUCCUUCCCCUUAUGGUGCAGGCCAUGACGGAUCCAGAGGAAACCGUUGUGGAGAGAGUGCUACGGUCGUUCUCAACAAUAGCACAGCUGGGCUUAUUUCAGAGGUCAACGUUAUGGGAGCUUACUGAUAUCGUGGCAAGAUUCACUAUGCAUCCGAAUUCAUGUAUUCGUGAGGCAGCGACCUUUUUCAUUGCGUCAGCGGCAAGGUUUCUGUCGGUAGCUGACAGGCAUGGGAUUGUUUUUCCACUUAUUCGGGUAUACCUCAAGACUCUGCCGCCCGAGCUCGAGGAGCUUUCUCUUCUUGACGCGCUUAAGAAGCCUUUGCCAAGACUUGUUUUUGAUUAUGCGAUUUUAUGGGCGCAGAAGGCAGAGAAGGGCUCGUUCUGGAAAGCGGCUCAAAUUCAGCAUACAUUCACAUUUGGAUCGGGUCAACAUAUCUUGCAUAAUGCCGCCGGUAUGGAUUUAGGACCUAGAGCAUUGAACCGCAUUCCGCAAAAUGAGGAAGAUCACGCGUGGCUUGAAAAAUUACGGGCCGCGGGAAUGAGCACGGAUGAUGAGUUCAAACUUGUCGCUUUGCGCGAAUUUAUCAUCCGUGUAGCACAUCGUCGCGCGCAGGAGCUGGCUGUGAAUGAGCAACCGAAUUACGGUGGCAUCAUCAAGCUAAGCGAUAUUGGCAUAAGACCCCAGCUUGUGUUCUUUGAAAAGGACGAAGAUGCGUACAGGGAGAAUGCAAUUGCCCAUCGAGAUAUCGAAACGCAGCGAAAAACAAUCGCGGAAGCAUUGCAAGAUGCGCGAGAAGACCGCUUAUCUGCCAAUCCUGGGCAUCUUAAGCUUCCAAAGCCUCUUUAUGGGGCUGAUGGAGACUCUGGUACAUCGACGCCAGUUGCGGCAAUCGAUGUUCCCAUGCCGACAGGAUUGAGGAGUCCGCCGCCCGGUCAGCAGAUUGCAUCAUCGGUGGAUUCGAGACCGAGCAUCAAGAGUGAGCAUAAGCAUAACUUGCAACGUAAGGGCAGUGCAAUCAGCCUCAUCGGUGGAGGAAAAGCGAAGGCAGAAACAGGUACAACUGCUGAAAACGCAAUUGGGCGUGUGGAAACGUCGUCAUCUAAUCGUGAGAAUCUUCCAAGAAAAACUGCAACUAUUGCUGUGCAGGCUGAGUCGCAACGGAGAAGCUCUAGUCAUCCUAGAGUUCGCCCUUCACAUAAUUAUCGAGGAAAUGACCCUACUGUUCUCAGGCUCUUGGAUGCUAUGUAUCUGGAAAAGUAUCCUGUUGAUCUUAUCGAACUCGGCCCUCUCGUGACGCGGCGACAGAACAAGCCGAUCAAGAGAGUCAAUGGGCAGGCUGCAAACACCCCAUGGAAACCAGGAGGGAAUUUAGUUGCCAUGCUGAGCGAGCAUGUUGGGAGCGUAAACAGGCUUGCAGUGGCUCCUGAUCAUACGUUCUUCAUUACAGGAUCAGACGACGGCACAGUCAAGAUCUGGGACACUCAAAGACUCGAGAGAAACGUCACGACUCGUUCACGACAGACCCACAAACAAGGGGAUGGGGUCAAAGUCACGAGUCUUACUUUUAUCGAGGACACUCACUGUUUCGUAAGUGCAGGCACUGAUGGCAGCGUCCAUAUCGUCCGCGUAGAUUAUCAACUUAAAGAAGACGGUGCACACGGUUCAUCUGGACGUUAUGGGCGACUUCGCAUAGUACGAGAGUAUUACUUUGUGGACGGAGAAUACGUGACUUGGUGCGAACAUUUCCGCGAUGAUCACAAGUCCAUUCUCAUGCUCAGCACGAGCAAAUGUCGAGUAAUUGCUCUCGAACUUCGAACUAUGGAUGUACUGUAUGAACUCCGAAAUCCAGUCACCCAUGGGGUACCUCUCUGUUUUUGCGUGGACAAGAAACGACACUGGCUGGUUGUCGGCACCACGCACGGAGUACUCGACUUGUGGGAUCUUCGUUUCAAAAUGCGCCUGAAAGCGUAUGCAUUUUCUGGUGGAGCUCCGGUUUACCGCCUGAGUCUUAUCCCAACGCCUCGACCAAAGUCUCGACAGCUCAAGAUCGCUGUUGCGGGAGGCACAGGGCAGCCUGAGAUUACAGUGUGGGACAUCGAGCGUCUAACUUGUACAAAUGUGUAUCGCACGGGGACUGCGAUGGGUAAAGAAGUCAACAGAGCAUAUAAACUUACAGAGCUCGAUGAGGAAAAGUCGGCAGGCAUACUCUCCCGUUUCGCUGUUUUACCGAGGUCAGCACAAGGCACAACUUCCAUGACCGGUGGUCCAAAUAGUAGUAUUCGCGCUAUAGCCACAGGAUUAAGUGCCUGGGAAGGUUCUGAGGGGGCUAAAUAUCACUUCUUGCUGUCUGUUGGCCCGGAUUGGAAAGUAAGGUUCUGGGAUACAUCGCGACCAGAGACAUCGACGGUGGUCAGCGGGAUAGAAGUUGACGAAGGCCGACCUUCAUACACAGUCAGUACGCCGAGUCCAGAGCUUCAAGUGGUCAGCGAGCACUUGAAUCCGGCCUCUGCAAGUGGUGUAGGAAUUGAGCCGGGUACCCCGAGUAGUAAGAAGGAGCGAAGAAGUAGGAGCAGCGUUAUAAGUAUGCAGGCGCAGGUGCUUCUAAGAACCCAUUUGGACACCAUCAUGGAUGUCGCAUUCCUAGAAAUGCCAUAUGGGAUGGUUGUUUCCGCUGAUAGAGCAGGCGUGGUCUAUGUAUUCUCAUGAUUCCCACCUAUUUAGGACUUUUCUAAAGAAUAAUAUGUGUGUCAAGAUUUUACAUUACUUGACUAUAAUUAGAUGUACA